AUGGUAGACAAAGGGCAUGAUGAACAAGGGAGACUGGACCACAGGAAAGGGGAGAGAAGACAUCCGCUUCAAUCCCUCCACUCUCUGGGGGAGAAAAUUCAGGAGGAGGAGCGAGCCACUUUGUGUGCCUGCGAGGAGGCGCCGGGGCCGCAGCCGCGAUCCGCGCCCGCUGGCGGAGCACUAGCUCCUCGCGCUCCUGAGGGACUGCCCGGCCCAUGGGGGCCGCCGCGGGGCCCGGCGCUCAGCAUGAACAGCAGGCACCGGGCCGGGAGCGGCUGCCUGGGCACCGUGCAGGUGAAGAGCAAGUUUGGAGCUGAAUUUCGUCGAUUUUCACUGGAGAGAUCAAAACCUGGGAAAUUUGAGGAAUUUUAUGGAUUACUGCAAUAUGUUCAUAAGAUACCCAAUGUUGAUGUUUUAGUAGGCCACGCAGACAUCCAUGGAGACUUACUGCCUAUAAAUAAUGAUGAUAGUUACCACAAAGCUGUGUCAACAGCCAACCCACUGCUUAGGAUCUUUAUACAAAAGAAGGAAGAAGGGGACUAUAGUGCCUUUGGUACAGACACACAAACAAAGAAGAAGAACGUUAUAACCAAUGUGUUGCGUCCUGACAACCACAGAAAGAAGCCACACAUAGUCAUUAGUAUGCCCCAAGACUUUAGACCUGUGUCUUCUAUCAUAGAUGUGGAUAUUCUCCCAGAAACACAUCGCAGGGUUCGUCUUUACAAAUACGGCACGGAGAAACCCCUGGGAUUCUACAUCCGGGAUGGCUCCAGUGUCAGGGUAACACCACAUGGCUUAGAGAAGGUCCCAGGGAUCUUUAUAUCCAGGCUUGUCCCAGGAGGUCUGGCUCAAAGCACAGGACUAUUGGCUGUUAAUGAUGAAGUUUUAGAAGUUAAUGGCAUAGAAGUUUCAGGGAAGAGUCUUGAUCAAGUAAUCGACAUGAUGAUUGCAAACAGCCACAACCUCAUCAUAACAUUGAGACCAGCAAACCAGAGGAAUAAUGUUGUCAGGAACAGUCGGACUUUAGGCAGCUCUGGCCAGUCUAUGGAUAAUAGCCUUCUUGGCUAUCCACAGAAGAUGGAACCAAGUUUUGAGCCAGAGAAUGAAGACAGUGAUGAAGAUGACAUUAUUAUUGAGGACAGUGGUGUGCCACAACAGAUUCCAAAAGCUGUUCCCAAUACCGAGAGCCUGGAAUCAUUAACGCAAAUAGAGCUCAGUUUUGAGUCUGGACAGAAUGGUUUUAUUCCCUCUAAUGAAGUGAGCUUAGCACCUGUAGCAAGUGGCACAAACACAGAAUUUGAACCAUAUGCUCCAGAUCAGAAACUCUUCGAAGAAGAUGGGACAAUCAUAACAUUGUGA